AUGGGAAAACAUCACCCCAUCAGUGAUUCCCAACCCCGUUCCUUACGGAAAUGGGGACGCCAGAGAAGGCCGGACGCCACACCCUCCAGGAACUCUCAUGCAGUCCAUAAGAACUCUUUAAAUGCAAUGACACGCAAUGGACAGCCAGUGCCCCAACAGUACGAAACCAGUUCGAGCCAGGAGGACACAGUCAACCAACGCAGAUUGGCAAACCUUAAGAUUGGUGGUGACAGGGCAAAUCCUCAAGUUCAUUCUUACCCGUCGAACCCUCUUGCUUCUCCGAAGGUCCCACCCGCUGUUUCUGAACCGGAGAGAUUGCGAUUGCUUCAAUGUCAACGGGUGGGGAUGAGGGGAACACAAUCCAUGAGGAUUCCAGCUCCAGAGCUUUGUCCUUUUGACAGUACCUUGGAUAAAGGCAAGUUUAAAGAUGAGUCGGAGCCGAAUUUAUUCCAUACGCACCCAACGGUUGAGGGGAAGCGACCGCCCAUCAACUCUUCGAGUGACUUUAACAACGGCGAUUGCAACCCCCCAAUAAACUCAACACGAAUCCUGAAUCCGCAGGAAAAUCAGAGCGAUCCCCACCCAAUUGAUUUGGGAUUGGGUGAUACUCCAACACUGCAGCAAUGUUACACCGGGAUUCCGAGCUGGGACCUUGACCUAGGACAGCUGCGCGGGUAUGGAAAGGGUGCGUAUGCGGAAGAUGAACAGUCACCACCCCCAGUAAACCGCUUAUUUCAUCAGCUUCCGACGCGGCCGAUAUCGCAAGAGGAGUUGAUCACUGAAAUUCGUGGAAUAUAUGCGGGACUUGUCAUGGUUGAGAACAAAUGCAUUGAGAUGAAUCAAGCGCAAUUCAAAUCUGAGACCGCUUUGUCUCAUAGACAAUGGCAUGCGUUAAUUGGACUUCAUAGGACUCUUCUCAACGAGCACCACGAUUUCUUUAUGGCUUCACAUCAUCCCGGUUCCGGUGAGCCACUUAAACAACUCGCCAGUAAAUACUGCAUGCCCGCUCGGUUAUGGCAACAUGGCAUCCACUCGUUCCUGGAGCUAUUGAGGGAAAGACUCCCGCAAUCACUCGAUCACAUGUUGGUAUUUAUAUACGCCGCAUAUAACACGAUAACGCUUCUUAUGGAGGCUGUACCCUGUUUUCGACUAAUAUGGAUUGAAUGCCUUGGUGACCUAUCAAGGUAUCGGAUGGCUGUUGAGCAGCGCAAUAUUGUUGAACGAGAAGUUUGGGCUGGGGUGGCGCGACAAUGGUAUCUCCUGGCUCUGGAAGAAAACCCCCACUUGGGAAGGCUCCAGCAUCACCUUGCGGUGCUUACUCGGCCAAACAUUAUUGAACAGCUAUUCUAUUACACCAAGUCUCUCCUUACCGCUGAACCCUUCAUCAAUACCCGGGGGAGCAUCCACUACCUUUUUGAUCCUCUUUUUGGGCCGAAUCCCGGCUACAAUGGACCCUACGGCCCUGCCUUACCAGUAGCGAUUUCAUUUGUGAAAGCGCAUGCGAUACUUUUCAAUCAGGGAAAGAUUAGCCAAUUCAUUGAAUUUGUGGUCGAGCAUGUGUCCCUCCUGAAUAAGCAUGUUCGUCGGAUGGGGACCAAAUUCCGGGAUCAAGGAGUGCACAUUGCAUCCUCCAACAUUGCGGCCAUGCUGGAAUACGGAAAUGAUAAUGCCAUCCUCGUUAAAGCCUUCAAAAAAUCUGCGACCUUGUCUUGGGAUACUAGGAUUCAGGCUGCGAAAGAAUUCUGGGCCAAAGCUUCAACUGAAGAAGUUGAGGAAAUGCUUCCGCCCAUCGAUGUUCCAUUUGAUGACACAAAGUUCCUGACUUCUUUGGAAGUUAUUUCUUACGCCUCCUUCAUGACUUUUCAUAUUCUCUCUCUUCUUCUUACACAUACAAACGAGAAGGCCGUUAUUCCACAUGUUCACAUUAUCCUCAUAUUUAUUUGGAGUUUAGCAUUGGUUCCGGAGUCCAUGGCGUACUUUCAACGCGAAAUCCCUUGGGAGAAGCUUGUUUUCUUUUUAAAUACGUUGAGCCGGCGAGGCGUGGAUGAAUUUAUUGCUGCAAGGGACGACUUCCCCACUCCUGCCAAUGGCACGAGUGUGAUUUUGCCGGAAGAUAUUCUCAUGCGAGGUCAGAUCUGGGCGCGACCAUGCUAUCCGGAUGACUUCUUCAGUAAUCCUGCCAUUGAUUAUGACGAACGGGGAUUGGAAUUGCCAAGCAUUGCAGGUCCCCGUACAGAGCGUUGCCUCUGGUAUGCAUAUCGUCUAGCAUCGCUUGAACGGUGGAUCAUUUUCGAUGAAAAUGAAAAGAAAUUCCGGGUUACACCGUUAGCGAGGGAGCUGGAGAAGUCCGCUCAGUAUCCCAAAAUCUUUGGGCUGAGCCAAAUUGAAGCCCUGGCCGAUAUGCGAGUUACGCGAUCUAGGAAAAGGAAAGAGAGUGGAGCAGACACAACCGUCUCUGAUGCUUGA